AUGGGGAGUACAGAGGUAGUAUUCAAGACUACAGAGUGGAUCCAGCAGGUCCGGAGCAGGAUCCAGACUGCUCAGAGUCGGCAGAAGAGCUAUGCCGACAAGCGGCGUUCAAAUUUAGAGUUUCAGGUGGGUGAUAUGGUCCUCCUGAAGGUGUCACCUUGGAAAGGUGUCAUCCGGUUCCGGGAACGGGGAAAGCUAGGCCCCAGGUACAUUGGUCCUUUCAGGGUUACAACCCGGGUGAGCAAGGUGGCUUAUCGAUUAGAUCUACCGGCAGAGCUCAGUCAAAUCCACAUCAUUUUCCCUGUUUCCCAAUUGCGGAAGUGCUUAGUGGAUGAUUCAGCGAUUGUGCCCUUGGAGGAUAUUCAGGUUGACGACAGCCUGAACUAUAUCGAAAGACGGGUGGCGAUCCUGGACCGUAAGACGAAAACCUUGAGGAACAAGGUUGUUCAGUUAGUGAAGGUGCAGUGGCAGCACCGCAAGGGUUCAGAGUGGGCAUGGGAGCCCGAGGAGGAGAUGAGGGACCACUACCCGGAGUUAUUUUCGGAUGCAGCAGACUUCGAGGACAAAGUCUAA